AUGGACUCCAAGAACAGCCUCCUCUACAAGAACUUUCACAAGCAUCCCGCGGCCUUGGUCGAAUCGGCUUCUGGCAUCUACCUUCACACGAGCGAUGGUAGAAAGAUUCUCGAUGCCACCAGCGGUGCAGCAGUUGCAUGUCUAGGCUACGACAACAAGGAGGUUCAGAAGGCGGUUGUUGACCAGCUUGUCAGCGUGCCGUACUGUCAUCCGGGCUUUUACAAGACCAAGUCUGCCGAGGAUCUUGCCGAUUUCCUCGUCGACUCUACUCAUGGACAAAUGUCCAAGGCUGUUCUGUGCGGAUCAGGUUCUGAGGCUGUUGAGGUUGCUCUUAAGCUGGCCAAGACACACUUUUCUCAUCUCGCUAUCCCUCAAACCGAGAGAUGCCACUUCAUUGCCAGAGUUGGUGCAUGGCACGGAGCUACCUUGGGUGCCUUGACGCUUGGUGACUUCAAGGUCCGUAAGGAUCCCUUUGUUCAACUCAUUUCUCAAAACUCGUCUCGCAUCUCAGCUUGCAGUACCUACCGUGGCCUGCAAAAGGGUGAGACUGAGGAAGCGUAUGUGCAACGUCUGGCGCAGGAGCUCGACGAUGAGUUCCAAAGAGUAGGGCCUAACAAGGUCUGCGCUUUUGUGGCUGAGACUGUUGGUGGAAGUGCCAGUGGUUGUGCCAUGCCGGUCAAGGGCUACUUCCCCGCCAUGAAGGCCGUAUGCGAAAAGUACGGUGCCCUCCUCAUUCUCGACGAAGUCAUGUGUGGUAUGGGCCGCACUGGAUCUCUUCACGCUUUUGAGCAGGAAGAUGUGGUCCCAGAUAUUCUCGUGGUUGGAAAGGGUCUUGGAGCUGGCUACGCUCCCAUCUCAGCCGUCAUGCUCAACACCAAGCUCGUCGAGUCGUUCCAAAAGUCGGGCAAGGGCUUCGCUCACGGCCAGACAUACAUGGCUCACCCUCAAGCUGCCGCUGCUGGAUUGAAGGUGCAGCAGGUAAUUCGCGACACGAACAUGGUUGCUCAUGUUCAGCGUAUGGGAGACUACCUGGGAUCAAAGCUUAAGGAGAGGCUGCUCCCCCUCCCCUGGGUUGGAGACAUUCGUGGAAGGGGGCUAUUCUGGGCUGUGGAGUUCGUCAUUGACAAAAAGUCCAAGGAGCCGUUCCCUUACAGCCUCGGACUCCAUGGCAUGCUUCACUCCAAGGGAAUGAGCGAGGGCUAUGAGAUUUCUCUCUUCAACGCCAACGGUGGCUAUGACGGUUACAGCGGCGAUCACUUCCUAAUCUGCCCUCCUUUCAUCGUCAACGAGACUGAUGUCGAUGAGAUUGUGGACCGAACCGCACGUGUUAUUGAGGAUACCUUCUCAGAGUUGGUCAACUCAGCGGUCUGGGAGAAGAUUGCCAUCCAGAUGGAUAUUGCUGCCGAGACUCCAGUGGCGGGCAUCGCAGUUGGAGAGACACUGGUGUCUGUCAGCUAG